GAGAAGUGACGUUUGGAUAAACUUCAAAAUUAAAAUUUGUUUUUAUCUUUUUGUAAUUCUUCAGUUGAUAAUUUUUAAUUUGUUUUAAAUAAAAACUGAAAUAAUUAUUCAAUCAACAUAAAAUAAGCAAUUACAAUGGCUGAAUUAAAUAGCUCGGGGUCGGGACCAACUGAUCGAAAAAUUCGUCUAAAAAAUCUUUUAGACAAGGGAAAUGCGAUUGGUUCAAAUGCUGAAGCCGAAGACACAGUUGAAACAAUAUCUGCACUCAAACAAAUUAUCAUUGAAUCCGAUGAGAUUAUUGGAGAGGGAAAUGUUGGCGAUCGAACUGAGCAUACUACUGAAAUAGUUAUGGAUGCUCAGCUUCUUAAGCUUAGUCAUCAGGCCGUUGCCAAAGUUCUGGAAGCUAGCACUGAGUUCAAUGAUGGCAUAUAUCAAAACGCUAUUGCUGGCCUUGUCUUCAAGGACGAUUAUGAUAAUUGGAAUGCUUUGAGUGAUGUAGCUAUUGGAAUAUGCCGAACAUGUAAAGUUUCAACAUCAAUGUUAGGAUCAUUUGAUUUGAAUGUCACCGAAACACAAAAAGUUCACAAAGAAAAACAACAAAGAAGAAAGAACAAAAAUAACGCAGAACAACGAGAACCUGAAGAAGUUACCAAACUAGAGAAACAAGACAAAGGAGCUAAAAAGGUUAAAAUUAUACACAAACAAAUUGUUCGGGCCUUUGAAGAGAACAAUCGAGAUCCAGUUCCAUUUUAUAAACUUGUCAUAGAUCCAAAUAAUUUUAUGAAUACAGUUGAGAAUAUUUUUCAAGUUUCGUUUCUCGCUCGCGAUGGCAUCGUUGCGAUUGAAACUGGUGAUGAUAAUCUGCCACAUGUGCGUGUAACAAUUAAAAAUGAGAAAGAUCUGGUUCAACAUACAAGUCAAUCUGUUUGCAGUGUUAAUUUGCAACUUUGCAAAGAAAUGAUAACUUUUUAUGAUAUCAAAGAACCUAUGCUUACACUCGUUAAUACAAUGGAACAAGAUGAUUGAUACGGCGUUGUUAUAGUUUAAGUUUUUUUUUCUAAGAAUAAAAUAUAAAGAAAUGUUUAAAUCU